UUUCAAUCGCUCGCUGCUAUACCAGCACGAUUACCCCUAACUUAAGCGAGGCUGAAUUCGAUCUUUUCUCGCACAAACAAAUACUUUACUUCCCUUCGACAGCUAAUUUCACAAUCAACACCACAUCCAACUCCAUGUGCCCAUGGACUCCUGCAUCUCGAAGCGUCUCACAACGUCUUGUUAUCAUGGAUGAUCCGUCGUACCAACAACAGCUUCAGCAAGCAACGUCCUCUUCCGAAGUCAACAAUGCCACCGGCCGUAGUAUUUCAGAAGUGAACGGUCCUCAACAGAGUCACACUCCCGACCUACCGGUUGCGAAAUCAAUCAACACAAUCAAUCCCAAAGAGAACUCUUCUUCCAGCGCCCGCCUCGACGAGAAAGGUACCAACGAGGCCCUCUAUUUACAAGUUGCUACGUCAAAGAAUGUCAUCGAUUCCGAAGACAAUACGACCUCCAAAAUCACCGAAUGCUCAGACUCUGCCCAGAAUGUCAUCGAAAAGAAUAGUACCACUAGUACGCAAGAUAUGAAGCCGUCUUCCACAGUGGCAUUGGACGGAAAAGAAACCUCUGGACAAUGCAACACUCUGGUCGCCGUGGGCCAAGACCGCAAAUUCGUCAUCUUCCCAAAGUUUCCCAUUGAAAGUAGGCAUUCUCCGAGUUAUUCCUUCUCGUUCCAGAUCAAUUCGGGAGCUGUGAAACAUGUUCCUCCACCCAAACGAUGUCAACUGCUCUUGGAUCAAACUUAAUCCUCUCAAAUCCAUUUCAAAGAAGUAAUGCUAACUCGAAAUCUUCCGCCAGUCCGCCUCAAAGUAUGGAACUGCACCUUUGUCAAACGCCAUGUCGAGCUCGACCUCUACCCAUACU